CUGUCUUUUGCACUCCGCUGAGGCAGUGAUUAUUAGCCAUGAGAGUUUUCACAGGCAACAAGAAGACCGAACUUUCUCCCCUUGGGGACCUGUAAAGGUGAGUGGAAAAUAGGCCUGAGCAAAACCAGGUUGGAAAACCAUGGCUUCUGAUGCUAGUCACAUGCUUGAAGCUGCUCUGGAACAAAUGGAUGAUAUUAUUGCAGGUACUAAAGCAGCUGCAGAGUAUACAAAUGGCGCCUAUGAUAUUGUGUCACCUGCUCAAUCUAUGUACUUUGGCACACUCCAAAUUCUCCACCUGUUAGAAGACUUGAAGAUGGCAUUAGAGAUGCUGAAGGAUCCUCAAGAGAGAGAGGCUUUAAGGAAUCAGAUUCCAGGGACUACUGCAGCAUGUAUACAUGCCUGGCUAGAGGAAAAUCUGUCUCAGGUGACUCAUCCUGCUUCUGUCAGUAAUGAAACCUAUCAAGAACGUCUGUCAAGGUUAGAAGGUGACAAAGAAUCUCUCAUACUACAGGUGAGUGUCCUCACAGACCAGGUGGAGGCCCAAGGAGAAAAAAUCCGAGACCUUGAAGUUUGUCUGGAAGGACACCAACUAAAGCUUAAUGCUACGGAGGAAAUGCUUCAGCAGGAGUUGCUGAGUCGCACAUUGCUGGAAACACAGAAAUUGGACCUAAUGGCAGAAGUUUCAGACCUGAAGAUUAAGCUGGUUGGGAUGGAAAAGGAACAGAGCGAGUAUGAAGAGAAGCAGAGCAAAGCUGAAAGUUUAUUACAGGAACUGAAACACCUAAAAAUUAAAGUUGAAGAACUGGAAAAUGAAAGAACUCAGUAUGAAUGGAAACUGAAAGCAACUAAAGCUGAAAUAGCACAGCUGCAGGAACAGCUGGCUCUGAAAGACUCAGAGAUCGAACGAUUACAAAGUCAGAUCUCAAGGACGUCAGUAAAUCAUGAAAUUGCAGAAAGAGAUCAAGAGGUCCAGCGUUUGAAAAUGGGAAUGGAAUCAUUGUUAGCUGAAAAUGAAAAAAAGGACCGCCGAAUAGAAGAGUUAACUGUUUUGUUAAGCCAGUACCAACGAGUGAAAGAGAUAAUGAUAGCGGUCCAAGGUACAUCUGAAAGAGCUUUGGCUGGUUGCAGCGAAGAUGAUCUUGAGGCAGCUUUAAGAAAGUGGAAUCCCAUGAGUAAGACCCCCAUACAACUAUAUAAGUCUGAGGUACCUCAAGGGGAACUGACCCAACCUAUGUUGCUGCCUCCACCUCAAAAACUACUGGAAAUCAGAGAAAGCUCUCCAGUUCCUUCAGAUAACCUACUUUCUACAAAUGGGGAAAGCUUGGAACCCAGAAAUAGGGUCUUUCAGAAAAAAAUAUCAAGUAGUCUAGAAGACUUGCAAAGUGAAUCUCUGGAAAAGCAUGUAGAUGAGAAGGCAGUAGAACAUGAUGUAGAACAAGAGGAAAGCAAAUCACAUGUGAAAAGCAGCAAGUACCAGACUUUGCCAGGGAAGCUGCAUCACCCUGCACACAAUGGUGACAGUACACCUGCUUCCCCAGAGGCAUGCCGCAUGAAUGGCAAUGAGGACAACUGCAUACAGAGCCUGAAUCGCAUCAGGAGUGUCAGUGCACCAGUAUUAGGAGAUUCUGAGAAUAUGGAUGGUACAAUGACUUCAGAUGAUCUUUCACCCUUGUCAUCUGGAACAGAAUCUAGUGCACAGUCUCCAUUAUCUCCAGAAAAUAAAAAAAGUCCAAAAGGAAUAAAGAAAAUUUGGGGAAAAAUACGCAGGACACAGUCUGGCAAUUUCCCAGGAGAUGAUUUGGGCUUCGUUGAGUUUCGGAGAGGCGGCCUCCGUGCAACAGCUGGACCUAGAUUGUCUCGAUCAAAGGAAACCAAGGGACAGAAGAAUGAUCAUAAUGCCCCCUUUGCUCAAUGGGGCAAUGAACGAGUUUGUAACUGGUUUGAGAACUUGGGUCUUGGUCAGUAUGUCAUUUUUGCACGUCAGUGGAUAACAUCUGGCCACACGCUUUUAACAGCAACACCACAGGACAUGGAAAAGGAACUUGGCAUAAAGCAUCCCCUGCACAGGAAGAAAUUGGUUUUGGCUGUUAAAGCUAUAAACACAAAACAAGAUGAUAAAUCUGCACAGCUAGAUCAUCUCUGGGUGACACGGUGGCUUGAUGACAUAGGUCUGCCUCAGUACAAAGACCAGUUUCAUGAAUCAAGAGUGGAUGGCAGAAUGCUUCAAUAUCUGACGGUGAAUGACCUCCUAUUCCUCAAGGUCACCAGCCAGCUGCAUCAUCUCAGUAUAAAGUGUGCCAUUCAUGUGCUGCAUGUGAAUAGUUUCAACCCUCACUGUCUACGGAGGAGGCCAGUAGAUGAGAAUAACAUUUCACCAUCUGAAGUAGUUCAAUGGUCCAACCACAGAGUGAUGGAGUGGCUCAGAUCAGUAGAUCUGGCAGAAUAUGCACCCAACCUUCGAGGAAGUGGCGUUCAUGGUGGCCUCAUUAUCCUUGAACCUCGUUUCAAUGGUGACACUCUGGCAAUGCUUCUCAACAUUCCUCCCCAAAAGACUCUGCUAAGACGCCAUCUGACCACUAACUUCAAUGUGCUAAUUGGACCAGAGGCACAGCAAGAGAAGCAGGAAAUAAUGGAAUCUACUGUUUACACCCCUCUGACUACCACUGCUAAAGUUCGGCCAAAGAAACUUGGAUUUUCACAUUUUGGAAAUUUAAGAAAAAAGAAAUUUGAUGAAUCUACAGAUUAUAUUUGUCCUAUGGAUGCAAAUCCAAAUGCAACCAAUGGAACUCAGAAGAGCUACAGUGCAUACAAAGUACAUAAUGUGUUCCCUGACAAAUUAGACAAACUGGAUCAGAUGGAACAUUCUGAAGGGACAGUAAUACAAAUAGGGGAACUUUCUCAAGGAAUAAACAACCUCACGACUAUGUUAAGCCAAGAUCAGAUGCUGAACAAUGAAAGAUUUUUAACGCCAACUUUUGAUGACUGGAGAUGAAGAUUCCAUGUGACCAACACCUCUCUCUAAUACCUUGACUGGUUUUUAGAGAAAUAGCUGAUGCAGGCUGGGUGCUAUAUUUCAGACUUUGCCACUGAAACAAAGACUUAAAUGCUUUUUCUCAAGUACCAUAUAAGGAUUAAAGCAAACACUCCAUGGUCUAGGUACUUUAACACCUGCUUUCAAAGAAUCUAUGCAACACUUCUAAAAAUGGUGGGGAAAUCAGGGUACAUGUGUGCAUAUAUAUAUAUCACAGUAAGCCAUUUUAGUGGUCAGUGAUUCAUUUUCUAUAUUUUGUAUUUCUAAAGACUUGACUACGAUACACACUCAUUACUUUUCUAAGGUACAAUUUCUUCAUGAGUGUGUUUCCCCUGCAAUAUGCCAUAAGGGAUAAAAGAAGCAAUUUCCUUGGAUUACUUAUUUACCAGUAGUGGUAAAGGUGCAAUUAGUUAAUAGAAAAAAAUACCAAAUGCUCCAGCCUUGUUCAAGAGAAAGGGCAACUAUUAAACCAUAUGCCUGAUACCACCCUUUAGGAUCACGUUUGCAGUUCCUUUAUAACGAAAAAAUAAUAGGACACGUACUCGUACUUUAGUUUCAUUUUACAACUCAGGUUUCCAAUGCCAGAAAGACAUUCCAAAAAUCCUCUAUUAUUUUAAUUAAAAAAUGCCACUCUGGUGUUCCUGUUUUGAAUUCAGUCCAGUUGUAAGAAUUGCAAGUCCAGAGUGCCAACCCCGCUUUCAGAACAAAUGGAUCAUUGGAAGCUUGUACCAGAGGAAUAUUCUAGCAGCUUCUAGACUCUUCUAGCACAUUUAUAUUGUAAUGCUAUUCUGGAUCUAGCACACUAACUUUAACAGCAUGUCAAAUGUUGCUAUGUGUCAUUUUUCUGGAGAGCCACAAGCAUGCAUUGUAAUGUUCCAUCAUAGAUGUCCAGUGUGAAAGCACAGUCUCACAAGAAUACUGCCAUUUGGUUAGAAAGCAAAAUGACUUAAGCACUUCAAGUGCAACUGUCACUGCCGGCCCUCAAAGCUUCUAUGAGGAACUGUGCUUUUUCUGCAUUAAUAUAUUUUGAAUCUGAAUAGGUUAUAAUAGCAUGGAAAGCAUGGCUCAAAUACAUGUAUAUUUAUCUCCUG